AUGGCGGCCUUCGGCCCCGCCGCUGUUGAAGGGCCGGAGGAGGCGCUGCAAGCUGGCCAGGAGGCGGCGCCAGCAGGCGCAGCCUAUGCUGCCGGCAGCCUGCCAGCGCCCAGCCCAGACAGGCCGGUGAAGCGGAAGCCGGGCCGCCCCGCGCUGCACCACGGCUGCCAAAUCUGCGGUGCCUCGCUGGACGGCCUCAAGCUGUUCCAUCAGCGGUACCACAUCUGCGUGCCGUGCAUGGCCAGCGAAUCGGUGCUGGUCAAGGGCAUCCAGCAGCGCUUCUGCCAGCAGUGCGGCCGGUUCCACGAGCUGGCCGCGUUUGCGCCAACCAUGCGCAGCUGCCGCAAGCAGCUGGCCAAGCAUGCGGAGCGGCGGCGAAGGGCGCGCGAGCUGGCGGCGCGGGCCAUCUCCGAGGCGGCGGCGGCAACGGCCGGCGGCGGUGCCGGCCAGCAGCGCGGCACGCAGCAGCCGCUCGCGCCGGACAGCAGCAGGGAGGGCGACGAGGCGUCCAAAGGGCCCUCUGACAGCCACAUUCAGGAUCUGUCCCAGGGGCAGCCUGCGGGGCUGCUACCCCCGGCCAAGCGCAGCCGGCUGGGCGAUGAACCUCAGCAGCAGCAGCAGCAGCACCACCAGGUGCUCAUGCCGCUGCCCGUUGGCCGGCUGCCCGAGCUGAGCCCCGGGCUGCUGCCCCCGGCCUGGUGCUUGAACGAGAGCGGCGGUAGCGCAAUCAGCACUGCCAUGCACCAGUCCCUGCAGUCGCUGCAGGAGAGCGGGCUGGACGCCCUGCUGGCGGCGGCGGCCGGCGAGGGUGGGGGGGAGGCGGAGGCGCCUCCGCACCGGCCAGAACCGCUGCAGCAGCUGCCAGUGGGCAUCCCUGGCAGCGCCGCCGUGCUGCCGGCAGCGUCGACCGCGGCACCACUUGCGCCUCAUGCGGUGCCGCCACCACAGCAGCAAGUGCCAGAUGUUGCUGCCUUUGCAGCAGCCCUUCUGCAAGCCACCGCACAGCUUGGCCAGCAGCAGCAGCAGCAGCAGCUGCAGCAGCAGCAGCAGCAGCAGCAGCAGCUUGGCCUGCAAGCUCUCCAGCAGGUGCUGGCGCCCCCCCAGCAGCAGCAGCUGCAGCAGCAGCAGCAGCUCGACCUGCAAACGCUGCAGCAGCUUCUGUUGCCGCCCCAGCAGCCCCGCGCCUCGCCAGCCCCGCCAGCGCUGCUGCAGUCUGUGCCGCUGCUGCAGCAGCCUGCCCCUCAGGAGCAGCAGGUGACGGCCAUGUUUGAGGCGGCCAUUGGAGUGCUGCUGCACGGCAUCUUGAGCACGCAGCCUCCCUAG